GUAGAUAUUUAAGGGAGAGAGAGGAAGAGAGAAGGGGGAGAAGAAGAUAAUCGGAAUCGAGAGCAAAACAAAACCGUCUCCUUGCAGUUUCUUCAGCUGGGUUGGCUUUGUUUCCAAAUUCCAUCACACACGAGCUAAAUUCUACGUAUUAGUUUCAUGUAGACGCUGUAAUGGCUCUAGUCCCCAGUCGUCAGUUCUAUCCAAUAACCUUCUUAGACUCCUUCCAGAACUCAUACAAAAUCCAUCUAACCACACGCCUGCAAUUUUUGAGGUACGGCUCUUCCAUUCCUUUCAAGAAACAGAAUUUCUAUGUAUCAUAUAACACUAUCAAUUCGGACUCAAACCCACAAAGAAACCCACGAAGCGAAUCCAAUUUUACGCUCAAAAGUUCGAAUAGUAGAUGGGGUUUUGCAAAUGAGACCCCAAUUUCACAGUCAAACCCUAGUGUAAGUUCAUCUAGAAGUAGUUGGUUGGACAAAUGGAAUGAAACCCACAAACAAAAUCGGCCGAAACUGCCUCGCCCAUUGUUGAAUUAUCGAAAUAGUGGCAAUUUAUCUAGUUCUGGUUAUGAAAUAAACAAUACUAGUAAUGGCGGCGGCGGUGGCAGUGGUAGUACAAUGGAGAGGAUAGUGGAGAAAUUAAAGAAAUUUGGGUAUAUUGAUGACGUUAAUGAGAAGAAAGAUAAGGUGGAGAGAGUGAUUGAAAAAGGGUCUGUUGAGGAUAUAUUUUAUGUUGAGGAAGGGAUGUUGCCAAAUGCUCGAGGUGGGUUUUCGGAGGAAUCACCAUUGGGGGUGGAGAAUGUGUUGGGAACUGGCAGGGAGGUUAGAUUUCCAUGGGAGAAACCGGUGCUGAAGGAAGAGGAAAAGAGGUUUUCAGUGAGACAAAAGAGUAGGACAUCACUGGCUGAAUUGACUCUUCCAGAGUCUGAAUUGAGGAGGCUGACAAAUUUGGCUCAUCGGGUAAAGAACAGGACAAAAAUUGGCGGUGCAGGUGUUACUCAAGCCAUUGUAGAUGUAAUUCAUGAGAAAUGGAAGACGUCGGAGAUUGUCAAAUUGAAAAUUGAGGGUGCACCUGCACUUAAUAUGAAGCGGAUGCAUGAGAUAUUGGAGAGAAAAACUGGUGGGGUGGUGAUAUGGAGGUCUGGGACUUCUGUUUCUUUAUAUAGAGGCCUGAAUUAUGAAGCUCCGUCGCUACGACAGGACAAACGGACAUAUAUCAAGAAUGAGGUUCCUCGUAAUUCCAUUAGAACAGCUACUGAUAAAACUAGUGGCAUUGCUUCAGAAAGUCCCUCUAAAGCUGGGCAUGCACCUCAAACAGACUCAGAAAAUACAGUUGAGCAGGAAAAGAACUCAGAACCAUUACCAGAAGUUAAGUAUGAAGAUGAAGUCGACAGGCUAUUAGACAGUCUGGGGCCUCGGUACACGGAUUGGCCAGGAGAUGAUCCUUUGCCCGUAGAUGCAGAUUUACUACCUGGUAUUAUUCUUGGUUAUCAACCUCCCUUCAGGUUACUUCCUUAUGGAGUGAGAUCUACCCUUGGAGUAAAGGAGGCAACAGCCUUACGAAGGCUUGCUAGAGUUCUCCCUCCACAUUUUGCUUUAGGUCGAAGCAGGCAGCACCAAGGCUUGGCUGUGGCCAUGAUUAAGUUAUGGGAAAGGAGUUCGAUUGCAAAGAUUGCACUGAAACGUGGUGUAAUGCUAACUACAAGUGAGAGAAUGGCUGAAGAAAUCAAGAAAUUAACAGGAGGCAUUCUUCUCUCCAGAAACAAAGACUUCUUGGUGUUCUAUAGGGGAAAGGAUUUUUUGUCACCAGAGGUUGCAGAAGCAUUACUAGAAAAAGAGAGACUGGCAAAGACCCUACAAGAUGAAGAAGAACAAGCACGAUUGAGAGCAUCAUCACUGGUUAUACCGGGCAUUGAAAUAACCGAUGAAUCUGGAACAGCUGGCACACUUGGGGAAACUUUGGAUGCAGAUGCUAGGUGGGGAAAAAGACUGAACAAUCAUUACAAGGAAAAGGUGAUGCAGGAAGCAGAAGUAUUAAGGCAUGCCAACCUUGUCAGAAAGCUUGAACGGAAGCUUGCUUUUGCUGAGCGAAAAGUAAUGAAAGCAGAACGGACCUUAUCUAAGGUGGAGUCGACUUUAAAUCCAGCAGAACUGCCACCAGACCCAGAAAGCAUUACUGAUGAGGAGAGGUUCAUGUUUCGCAAGCUUGGAUUAAGAAUGAAAGCCUUCUUACUUCUUGGUAGGCGUGGAGUUUUUGAUGGUACAGUGGAGAACAUGCACUUGCAUUGGAAGUACCGGGAAUUGGUUAAGGUCAUUGUGAAGGCUAAAAGCUUCGACCAGGUCAAAAAGAUUGCUCUAUCCCUUGAAGCUGAGAGUGGUGGUGUUUUGGUGUCAGUUGACAAAGUUUCUAAAGGGUAUGCUAUAAUUGUCUUCCGGGGUAAGGACUAUAUGCGACCUUCCUCAUUGAGGCCGAAAAAUCUUUUAACAAAAAGGAAGGCUUUGUCACGUUCAAUAGAACUUCAAAGGCGUGAGGCUCUCCUGAAUCACAUUUCGAUGCUGCAAACUAAAGUGGAAAAUUUGAGAUCCGAAAUUGGACAAAUGGCAACUGUGGAAGACCUCGGAGAUGAGAAGCUGUAUGACAAAUUAGAUUCUGCUUAUCCUACUGAAGAGGAGAGCGAGGAGGAAGGAGAUGAGACAUAUCUUGAGAACUACGAUAGUGAUGAUGAUGAUGAUGAUAGUGAUAGUGAAUAUGAAAGUGACGGCUCAAUUACCAAUCUCCGGUUAGAAACCAAUUUUCCAUAUGAUUUCCAAGAUCAGGAACCAGAAACAGAACAUGAGGAUCUUGAUCCAUAUGCAGUUGCCAAUGCAUCAUAAGCAGGCGUUGAUGAAGUGGAGGAAGACGAUAAGAGUUGCACAGGGAUUGAGCUAAUGGAAGGAAUAUAUGAUUUACUGUCAAGAAGGGAAUUGCAAGGAUCGUCGAAGGCAUUAUUGCAACAUGUAGUAUCAGUGCAUGUUGUGUGAUGUUAUCUCAUGAAAUGCAGGAAUUUGAAGGAAAUUUGUAUAGAGAUUUAAAGCCAAGGAUUGUUGAUUUUAGCAAAGAGAUGCAAUCUAUGCUUGUCGUUCCUCUCCGAAUUAGAGAUGUUAAUAACUUAUCGGCACUGUGUAGGCAUGCUUUUCCAGUAAAGGUCCACAAACUAAGGCUCCAUUUGUUUUGAUGUACAACAUUUUUGUUGUAAAAUGUUUUUCUUGUAAAGCUUUUUACAUGUAAAAUAAUUUUUUCCUAUUAUUUUUACAUGUAUUCUCAAAAA